UGCUUGUUGUAGAGUUCAGUAAUCAGGAGUGCGUGAAUUUUACUGAUUCAGUUCCUUGUUCACGGCAGGUCAUGGCGGAUUUCUCGCUAGCUGAUGCCAUUUCAGAUGAUGGUCCACGUAAGGCACCCACAACGGCACACAACAACCCAUCUGCUCCUACUGCCCCCGGCUGGCCUGGUGCUGCCCCUGGUGGCCCUAAUGUAGCUCCAGCUGGAGGUCCUGCCCCUCCUGCACCAGGAGCUCCAGGACAAUUUCCCGGUAUGCCUUCUGGCCCAGCUGGGUAUCCUUCUGGUCCUGGGAUGCCAGGACAGUUUCCGAGUGCACCAGGACAGUUUCCGAGUGCGCCAGGACAGUUUCCGAGUGCGCCAGGACAGUUUCCAGGUGCUCCAGGACAGUUUCCAAGUGCUCCAGGACAGUUUCCGGGUGCACCAGGGCAGUUUCCAAGUGCCCCGGGUCAGUUUCCAAGUGCCCCGGGUCAGUUUCCUGGAGCGCCAGGGCAGUUUCCUGGAGCGCCAGGGCAGUUUCCUGGAGCGCCAGGGCAGUUUCCUGGAGCGCCAGGGCAGUUUCCUGGAGCUCCGGGGCAGUUUCCUGGAGCACCAGGUCAGUUUCCAGGUGCCCCGGGUCAGUUUCCUCCUGCACCUGGGCAGUUUCCCUCACCUCCUGGGGCACCACAGGCUCCCUACCCAGGGAUGUACGGUCCUGGAGGCCCAGGCUCCUUCCCUCCUGCUCAAGGGCUCUCUGGAGCGGCAUUUCCACCUGUGCCAUCCGGCUCGUGGGGUUUUGGUCCUCAACCCACAGGACCCUACGGAGGCGCCCCUGCUCCUGGAGGAAUGCUGCCAGUGCCGUAUGACCUGCCGCUCCAUGCUGGAAUAAUGCCACAACUCCUCAUCACACUAGUAGGAGUACCUGUACCAGGUGGAGAUAGGUUUCAAGUGGACUUCAUGAAGGGUCCUGAUAUCGUUUUCCACUUCAAUCCUCGUUUCAACGAGCAAACCAUUGUCAGAAACUCUAAUCUGGAGGGCUACUGGGGUCCAGAGGAGAGGGAAGGGGGCUUCCCUUUUAUUCAGGGACAACAGUUUGAGUUGAAGAUCCUGGUGGAGGAGAACGUGUAUAAGGUGGCGGUGGAUGGAGUUCAUCUUUUGGAGUAUGAACACAGAGAAGGCGGCAUGGAGCAAGUUACACUAGUGAGAGUUUUGGGAGACGUGAACCUCGACAGCGUCGGUCCCUCCAUGAUCUAACACACACACAGUGCAUUUAGAAACCCAUUUCCAAAAAAGUUGAGACAUUUUGUAAAAUGCAAUAAAAAUAGGUAUCUGUGAUUUAAUAAUUCUGUUGAAUCUUUUUUAACUGACAAAAGUAGAAAGAAAAGAUUUACAGUGUUUCCACUGAUCAACUUAAUUGUAUUUUGUCAAUAUAAACACAUUUAGAAUUGGAUAUCUGCAACACACUCAAAAAAGGCUGGGACAGACAUGUUCAGCAUUGUGUUCCAUCACCUUUCCUAUUAAUCAGACCUUUUAAUGAUUUGGGAAAUAAGGACAGUUGUGGUCUGAUUCUCUUCUUUUAUAACACACCAUACAUUUUCAACAGGAGACAGAUCUGGACCACAGACAGGUCAGUCAAACUCUGUGUCUACACAGCCCUGCUGUUGUUGUGUGUGCAGAAUGAAGCCUGGCAUUGUCUUGCUAAAAUAACCAUGGAUUUCCUAGUAAAAGACGUCACCUUAAUGGCAGCAUGCAUCUCUCUUAAAUCCAAUAGUACCUUUACACAUAUAAGUCACUUAUGCCCUGGGCACUGAUGCAGUUGCAUACCAUAACAGAUGGCUUUUGCAUCUUUUGCUGAUAAAGGUUGUGUCUGUUGUUUUUUAAAACAAGCUUAAAUGUGGACCACGGUACACAUUUCCACUGACUUUUGGUCCAUCUGAGAUGAGUCCAGACCCAGAGAACUUGGUGUUUCUAAGUCUCAGGUUGCAUCUCUUGAUGGACUGUGUUAAGUAAGUACUUCCAAACCCAAGUGGCUAUAUUUAGCACAGUAACAUGAUUGUUUCUCAUGCAGUGCCAUCUGAGAAUUUGAAGGUCAUACACUUAAGACGGUUGUUUCCGGCCUUGACCUACACAGACUGAGAUAUCUCCAGAUUAUUGUUUUCACAAUAUUAUGUAUGAUACACAGUUAAAAGAAAACCUACAAUAAUUAGCAAUUUUAUAUUGAAGAUGUUCUUUUUGUCUGAUUGUCAAUUCUCUCUGGAAGUUUGGUACAGACUUGACCCAUGACCCAUCAUUGAUUGUAAAGACUGAGCCUUUGGUGGACUCUCUUUUUAUACCCAAUCAUAAUUCCUUUACACGUUGUGGAAUAUAAAUUUUCACAUUUAAAAAAUACAUUGAUCAGUAAAAACAUUGGUAAUCUUUUCUUUCUACUCUUGUAAGCUAAAUAAAGAUUAAAGAAAAUUAACAAAUCAAAGAUUAUCCUUUUAUUGCAUUUUACAAAAUAUCCCAACCUCUUAUGAAUGGGGUUUGUAAAUGGCAGCAUGCAGGAAUAAACACGGUCACUUUAAUAUCCUUAAA